GAGGGAGAGGAAGAGAGAGAGAAUGAAGCACCGCUGGUUCUCACUGCUGUUCCUGCUAUCUCCGUUCUCCUCCACACAGCGACCGGGGAGCUGCGGAAUAGGCGUGUGUUUCUCUCUCUGUUACUCCACCGAAGAUCACACUGAGUGAAAACGUCGCGAAGAAACCUCGACUUCAAGAGCGACUGAGAGUUAUUUAGCCGGCCGAUUCUACCUGAUGGCAUGGAGCACCAUUUCCUGAUGAGACUGUGGUGAUACCGGUGCAGCCCUGUCACGCCCACAGCGCCCCCUUUCGGCCCGGACGGCCCACCACGCCCCGGCGCCUGUGAAAGGGUACCAUGUCAGCCGUAGCAUGUCCCAGCAUUCCUCCGGUGGUGGCGGAGGAGGCCCCUGCCACUGCUCACCUGAUGACUGUGACGGCCUGGGCAGAGACUACUACCAGGGUCACAGCGAUGGCCACUAUUACCCUCCAGGGGGUCCGGCUGAGGCCCUGGCGCUGGAGAGGCACCAUUCCCACUCCCACUCCCAUAGUCACUCUGGAGGGGGAACCUUUCCCCGCUCCCACCCGAGCCAGCACCCACCUCUCCAGUCGUUUGACUCUUGUGAAGAGUGCCUGUCGUCAGGCCACGGAGGGAAGAUGCACCGCAUUCCCCCGAACUUGAUGGACCAGUUUGAGAAGCAGGUGCCCUUUCAUCCUGAUGGCUUCCACACGCUGCAGUACCAGCGCACCGCUAGUGGGGGUGCUGAGCCGCGCAGUGAGAGCCCCUCACGUAUCCGCCACCUGGUCAACUCAGUGCAGCGCCUCUUUGCCAAGUCCCAUUCCCUAGAGGCACCGACCAAACGGGAGUACAACGGCACAAGAGGAGGCGGGGACUACCGUGGCGAGAGAGGAGGAGGCCACAGGAGCGGAGGGGAGGAUGGAGGAGGCCACUAUACAGGUCACCAGCCCCGUUCUACCAGGAGGUCCAAAUCUCGAGAGCGUAGCAAGAGUGGAGACUCGCGGCACGAGUCGGGCAGGCGCCACCGCAGCAGGACAGCAGGCUGGUGGAGCUCUGACGACAACCUGGACAGCGACAGCAGCUUCCUAGUCAGCGGGGGUAGACGGGGAUAUCCUAGCGGCCAUGAGAGUCUGGACGCAGCCAUCCAGGAGCUCACCAUGAAGAGGCCCAAGGAGCGUGGUGGUGGUGGUGGUGGGGGGGGGCCGGGACCUGGGGAGUGCAUGGCCUGUACCACAAUGGCUCUGGCCGGUAGUGAAGGAGGGGGACACCACGGACACCACGGCCACUCCCUGAAAAGGAGCACCUGGUCAGCCAUGACAGUGAGUCAGGCCAGGGAGGUGUACCCUUCCGCCAGGGGAGGAAGCUACGAGAAGGCUCUUGUGCCCAUGGAGAGUAAGCUGAAGGAGAGGACCUUUCACUACCUGCAGGUCCCUUCAGAAGACUGGGGUGGUGGAUAUGGCAGUGGUGGUGCAACAGACAGCGGAGGGGAGAUUCCAUGCCGUCGCAUGCGGAGCGGCAGCUACAUCAAGGCCAUGGGCGACGACGACAGUGCCGACUCUGACACCAGCCCAAAAGCCUCACCCAAGUCCACCCUCAUCGCCCAGAGGGAUGCCUUCAGACGAUCGAUCAGCAUGGAUCAAAGGUACUCAUGUAAGCAGUGUACAGACUCCUACCCCAACAGCCGAACUACACCCAAAACCCACACCCGUGCUCGUAGUUACACCCGCUCUCUGACCAGCUCGCAGCUGGGAGACACACUGAACCGCCAGUUCGAGGCGGUGUGUGAGACCAUGUUCGGGGAGGUGGAGUCUCAAGCCGUCGAGGCUCUGGACCUUCCAGGUGUGUUCCGCACUCGCAGCCACAGCUACGUCCGUGCCAUCCAGGCCGGCUGCUCCCAGGAUGACGACUGCCUCUCUGUCUUCUCCAUGUCGGGCCCCCAGGGAAGCAUCAAGGGCGGGGCCGUCUUUCCUUAUCGUAAAGGUGCUCCUCCCCCACUCCCACCUCGCAUGUCCAAGUCUUCACUCUCUGUGCGAGCGCAGAGCAGCACCGAGUCCACCCAGGAUGCCUACUUCCAGAGCAGCGGACAGUUGGCUUCAAGCUCAGGCCCCGGGCGCCCCAAGCAGCACAGCAACUCCGUGGACCUGGGCAGCUCCGACGGCCCCUCGGGUCGCUCCUCCAGAGGAGGCUACUACACCGCCACAGGCCCUGGACGUUCUCGACAGCACAGUAACUCGGCAGAAAGCCUAGAUGGGGUCAGGGGUUCGCGGGAGCUGGUGCCCUAUGGAGGGGGUCCAGGAGUUGGAGUGAGAGCCAAACACAGCAGCUCGGCUGACAGUCUGCUGGAGGGGCCACCGAGGCCAGCCAGGGAGAGGGACAGCAGGGUCGGGGGCAGCCUGGGGAAGUCAGUGUCUCUGCCUCAGAACAGCAUAGUGCUGAGUAAAGCUGCGGGUCAGGACGAGGGACGCGGUGGGAGAAAAUGGAGGCCAUCCAUAGCUGUGCAGGUGGACAGUUCAGAGACUCUGUCAGAUUCAGACGCAGAAGGCAAAGCUCUUACGGAGGUCCACUCUAUAGGAGUCCAAGUGGAAGAUGACAAAAGGCGGGCUCGUUUCAAGCGCUCUAACAGCGUGACGGCGAGUGUGCAGGCCGACCUGGACCCCGAGGGCUUCCCCGGGCUCAGCAUCGCCGUACCAACGCAGGACAAGAGUCUCCAGUUUGGCUGUUCCUUCCAAAGGCAUUCGUCAGAGCCGGAGUCAGCUAGUCAGUACACAGAGUGUCAUCGCACCGUCCACACACAGGGACAGUGGGCCUACAGAGAGGAUUUCAUCCAGAGUGGUUAUACCACUGAGACCUGCGCAGCGGACCCACGGCCCCACCAGCACCCACACUUGCCUCCACGUUCUCACUCCCCUCUGCCAAUCAGCUCUGAGAGGGCCUGGGCAGGGACGCCAUCCCUGGAGGGGCCCCGCAGCCUGCCCGACUCAGGCCGAGCCUCACCCUGCAUGAGAGACGGGGAGUUCUUCCUGCGCCUCCUGCAGACAGAGGUGGAGAGGAUGGAGGGUUGGUGUCAGAACAUGGAGAGGGAGGCGGAGGAGAACGAACUGCCAGAGGAGAUUCUUGAGCUGAUACGAAAUGCAGUUGGCAGUGCCCAGAUGCUCAUGUCUCAGAAAGUCCAGCAGUUCUUCCGCCUCUGCCAACAGAGUGUGGACCCAUCAGCAUACCCCCAGCCAACCUCUCAGGACCUGGCAAGCUUCUGGGACCUGCUCCAGCUCAACAUAGAGGACGUCAGGGUCAAAUUUCAGGACCUCCAGAGGCUCAAGGACUCUGGUUGGAGGCUCCCACCUGAAAAGAAGGAGGAUAAGAAGCUUCCUCCUCCCUUACCAAAGAAGCCAGCAGGCGGGGUGAGUGGCAGCCUCCGGGCCGAUAGCGUCGGGGAUGGGGGAGCCGGAGGUGGAGGAGGUGGGCCAGGGGGCCUGGUUGUGCCUCGGAUUGGUGGACAUACCCUACCCAUCAGGGAGAAGUCCCUGGACCUUGGGGACCGUCAGAGGACAGAAGCGAGGAGGAGGCUGCUGCAGACGAAGCGUACUGCCUCCUUCAGGCAGAACUCGGCCACAGAAAGUGCGGACAGCAUCGAGAUCUACAUCCCCGAAGCCCAGACUCGACUCUGAACACAAGACUGAGGUGUGUCCCACAACACCUCCUCACUCACCCCUGCGAAUCUGAUCUGAAUCUCAGGCUUUCUCUGAGCCUAGUUUUGGAUCCUCUGCGGGUCAUCGCCGUUUAUCCACUUCCCUCCCCUUCAGCAUUUCCAUCACUUCACUUACUGCAAAUUCACUUCUCUUGCUCAUUAAACAAGCAAUGACAGCCAUUUUAGUGUCUUGAAAUUUGGACGUUUUACUGACACAGAGGCCUAGACCUGAAAUGGUAGCUAGCAGAUAUGACUUUUUUAAGAAUUCUCUGAAUUUCUUUUUGGCUGACAAACAAGAAACAGUCCACUUUUAUAACAGUUGUCAGCGGAGGUUCACGCAGUAGUAGCAUGCUUGUGCGUGUUCACCUAGCACUUCUCCAUCACUGAAAAUAAAGGGCUUAACAGGCACAAAACCUCUUUGGAGAUGAGGAGAUGACAGAAUCUCCCUAUGGAUUCCACUGUUGCCAUCUCCUGAAUGCCAUUUGCAACAGAAUCAACUACGAUAUAUCCGCACUCUUAACUGAUGCUACUAGUAUGGAUGAAUAAACAUGGAUUCAUUUCUCACCAUCAGUUUAAAUGCCCUUAAAGUCAGAUGCUUGGCAAUCCCCAAAGAACAUCCUCGAGGCAUAGUCAGUCAACUACAGCUGGCACUUUUCACCCAGGUGCCAUCUGUCCACCCAGGCACCAAGUCAAAGAAUAUUCCCCACUUCCCUGCAUAUCCAUCGACUACCCUCAGCAUUCAGCAGUGAGGCUGUUUGAAUGUGCAAGUGCUAUUUGUACAUAGAGUGCACACUUGUGUUUGCCAAAAGGAGUUUUUUUUUUUUGCGGUGUAGCAUCACAGCCUUGACAGCUAGAGAGCAUCACAAACAAAAAAACACAGAGCCGUUUUGCUUUUUAUGUAGUCUCUCUGAAGUUUCAAGUGUUCAGGGGUGGGGUUGCUGGGAAUUUUUAGGGGAAUAUAUUUUGGUGGCUUUUCAAGACUUUACUGAGAAGGCCCCCAUUUCACUGUGAGACUAUAGCACCACCAAGUGGUCAAAUGAGGACCCAAACCAACAACAGUGGUCUGUAGAGAGUUCUUUCCACCUCAGUCAGGAAUUAACAGAUGCCCUGAUGAAACAGCCAUGAAAGGAGAUAAGUUUCUUUAUUACCUUAUUAGUUCUUUCUCUUGUUUUCUCUUGAAUACUGAGAGUGGACUUUGCCCUGGUGUGUUUGCAUAAUUGCAAAGAUAAAGCGGUGGAUCAAUAAAGCGAAAGGGAGGAGAGCUGCCAAAGUCUUCAGCAGAAUCCACUCGCCUAACUUGAAGUACAAUCCCCUCAAUUUCACACACCGCUGAUGAAAGGAGAAAAGUAGUUUCUCCGAAGGCAAAGAAAACAAAAGGAGUCGUGUUUAAUGUAGCUCCCUCCAAA